AUGAACUUGAUGGACUCACCCACGCUGCAGCUUCUCCUCUGCCAAGAGAGCAGGCCCAAUCUGGGUUACCUGGCCUGGAUGAUCCGGAAUGGUGACCUCUCCCUCACAGCCAGCGAGCCCGAGGCGCCCACCAAGGUCGUUCCUGAACCAGCCCUGGAGUUGACACAGGCGGGUCAGUCCAUCGAAGAGCCAGGAGCGAACUAUGACCUGAUAGACCUGUGGUCCGCGGAUCCUAUUCCCACCCAAGUCCCCACCCUCACAUCAUCAUCAUCUUCGCAGGUCCCAUCCAGGAGUCUUUUGUCCGUAUCCCUGCCUGUUGUCCUUGUCCCGUCUCCAUCGCUGGUCCAGGCCAGCCCCCUGGAUCAGUCGGCACCACUGGUGUCGUGUAGCUCCUCGGCUCUGCCAUCGCCGCUUGCUCCGUGGAGGUCAUCCUCCACGCCUCAGGCUCCCCUGCCACCAGCUCGGCUAGAGGCCGAGUCCCCGGCUACAGCUCGGGCCUUCAGGCCUACACCACCACCUCGUCCUGUCAGCCCGUCGCCCUCAUCUCGACCCACCACUGCUUCAUCACCUCCGCAGUCCGUCUGCCCGGAAGCUCCGCUGGGCUUGCUAGACACUCCAGGUCGGCCUUCAGUGGUCGACGCCCAGCAUCAGCUACGCGCUUCCGGGAUUCGGGCUGCGCCCUCACUCUGCACCCCUUCGGCACCCCUGGACUCCUCUCUUCCUCUGACCUCCCCGCCGGCCUCCCUCACCACAUCGUCACCUCAGUCAUCCGUCCUCACGUCACCGCCUCAGUCCCGCAGGUCAGCGGCUCAGCUCUCGUCUUCCGGGUGUACAGUGUCGCCAUGGUCCGUCAGCCGCUGGGUUCCACCGGUUCCCGUGGCCGACGCCCCCAGGUCUUUCAGCAAGUCUUUUUUUCUUCUUCUAGAAACACAAGCUGCAAGUCUCUCAGUAUUGAGCGUUGACAUGCGUGUGACGGAGAACAAAAAAGACCACAACACUCACAAGUACGUGAGCUCCAACCUCAUCGUGCGCAGGAAUAAAGAGUUCACCAUCAUCAUCCAAUUUAACCGGGACUUAAAUGAACAGCAGUACAAUUUGGAGUUGGAGUUUCUGAUUGGCAGUUCACCUGAUGAAAACAGGGGCACCUACAUUAUUUUGCCCAUUGGUAAAGAGAAACCUGAAGUGCGCUGGAAGAGUCGUGUGGUGGAAACACAAGGCAAUUAUGUGACCGUGGGCAUUACACCAGACGCCAGCUGCAUCAUUGGCCGGUUUCGAAUCUUUGUUGUAGUUGUGAGUGAUUUGGGAAAACAGCGCACUGAGAGGAACACUGACACCGAUGUCUAUGUGCUGUUCAAUCCUUGGGACCCUGCGGAUCACGUGUACAUGGACAAAGACGAAGACAGACAGGAGUAUGUGAUGAAUGAUGUGGGGAUCAUCUACAAUGGAGAAUUCAACAACAUUACCAACCGUUCAUGGAACUUUGGACAGUUUGAACAAGGGGUUCUGGAUGCCUGUCUUUUGGUUCUGGAUGCUGGGAAAGUACCACUAGUUUUCCGUGGAAGUGCCCUUGAAAUCGUUCGGCAAGCAUCAGCUCUGAUGAACUGCCAGGACGAUGAUGGUGUCCUGGUUGGCAACUGGAGUGGCGAUUACUCCGAAGGCACAGCACCGACUGCCUGGACCGGAAGUCCUGAAAUCCUGCUCAAAUAUGCCAAAGAGGGUGGUGAGCCUGUGUGCUUCGCUCAGUGUUGGGUGUUUGCCGGCGUGCUGAACACUCUUGUGCGCUGUCUCGGGAUCCCUGCACGGGUCAUCACCAACUUCUGCUCUGCUCACGACAACACGGGAAACCUGAAGACAGACAUUGUGCUGGACGAAGACGGGAAAGUGGACCGAAGCCGAACAAAAGAUUCAGUCUGGAACUACCACUGCUGGACGGAGGUGUACAUGAAGAGACCUGAUCUGCCGGAAAAAUUCUCUGGCUGGCAGGUGAUCGACUCCACCCCUCAGGAGACCAGUGAUGGCCUUUAUCGAUGUGGCCCAACGUCUGUCAAUGCUGUCAAAGAGGGAGAGCUCAGCUAUCCGUUCGAUGCAAAGUUUGUCUUUGCAGAGCUAAACAGUGAUGUGGUAUACCAUCAGUCUAAUAAGGAGGGAGAAACGAAGAUUCUUCAAGUGGACACCACUUAUGUUGGGAAGCUCGUUGUGACAAAAAAGCCAGACAGUAGCGACUAUGAGGACAUCACUUCUACCUAUAAAUAUCCAGAAAAAACCGUCAAGGAGAGAGAGGUCAUGCAGAAUGCAGAGCGUUCCGGCAUUCCUACCAGGGAUUAUUUGCCACUCACUGAAGCAGGUGUGACCAUCGAGAUCCAGACCGACACCGUCAAAAUGGGCGAUAACUUCAAGCUAACGCUGAACAUUAACAACCAGACCAGCCAGACCUGCACCAUCAACGCUACCAUCACCGGCUGUGUGGCGUUUUACACGGGCGUCGUCAGCAAGACCUUUAUGCAUGAAAACAAAGCUGCAACUGUGGAAGCCUCGAAGACUGAGUCCCUGACGGUAGAUGUCUAUGCUAAGGAGUAUACACCAUUCCUGGUGGAACAGGGAAAACUGCUCUUUGUGGUGUACGGGCAUAUUGAGGAAACCGACAUGUCCCUCUCCACGAUGAAAGUAAUCACUCUCCAGCCUCCUAAACUCACAAUAACGAUGUCGGGAACCCCAGAAGUUGGCAAAGAUCUCACCAUCAGUGUGGAUUUCCAGAAUCCUUACAAUUUCAUUCUGCAAAAUGUUCAGCUCCGCCUUGAUGGACCUGGUCUGAUACCAAUCAAAAUAAAAAAUUACAGCCAGAUAUUACCUGGUGGCUCAGUGAAAUAUAAAGUGUCGAUGGUCCCUCGAACUCCUGGAAAGAAGGUGCUGAUGUCGUGUCUAGACUGCCCUUUACUGAGACAGGUCACCAACCAGCUCGAAAUCGAAAUAUUGAAAAUUGAAUGACCGCCAAGAGUGA